AUGUCAGAGUGGAAAGUAGAUCCAGAGAACCGUAGACGGUUGUUGCAACUGCAGAAGAUUGGAGCUAAUAAGAAAUGUGUGGACUGUGAGGCUCCCAAUCCACAAUGGGCUUCUCCUAAAUUUGGAGUUUUUAUUUGUUUGGAAUGUGCUGGAGUGCAUCGAAGCCUAGGGGUCCACAUCUCCUUUGUGAGAUCUAUCACUAUGGACCAGUUCAAACCAGAAGAGCUAGCGAGGAUGGAGAAAGGUGGAAAUGAGCCUUUCAAGGAGUAUAUGGUUGCACACAACGUAGACUUGACGUUGCCUCACAAGGUGAAGUACGAUAAUCCGAUCGCUGAGGACUAUAAGCAAAAGUUGACCUGUGAAGUAGAUGGCGAGACUUUUGUAGAGCCUGAACACCCUGGGUUUGAUGCUGCAAGUUUAGGUAAAUCUUCUGUGCAGCCUGAGGCACUAGCGGAAGUGAGCAGGCAACAGACACCGAUUGAGUCACGCCGCUCUGUUACGCCAAAGAACUCGAUAGAUCAAAAGACAAAGAACCAAGCGUAUUUUGAACAGCUGGGCAAGCAAAAUCAAGGUAAACCAAAUCAUUUACCACCCUCUCAGGGCGGUAAAUACCAAGGUUUUGGCAACACUCCAGCGAGUAACGAUACUUCGAAUGGCCAGUCCGCUCAGCAGUCGAAUACGUUGAGCUUGGACAAUUUUCAAAAAGACCCACUCGGUACAUUUACCAAAGGUUGGGGACUUUUCUCCUCAGCGGUGACCAAGUCCUUUGAAGAAGUCAACGAGUCUGUCAUCAAACCGGGCUACCAGCAAUGGCAAUCUGGCGAGCUUUCAGAAGAUACCAAGAGAGCUGCGGCUCAGUUUGGCCAAAAGGUGCAAGAAACAAGUCAUUUGAGUAUGCAGGCAUUUUCUUCCUUUACCAAAAAUAUACAACAUCAGUAUAUUGGAGAUGAUGCUGCUGGUAAUCCACAAUACUCGCAGAUUCCACAAACUACCUCUCAGGAAGGACUAAACCAGAAAUCUGCACCAUUGAAUGAGAAAUCGAAGAAAGCAGCGGAAGAUGAGUGGGACGAUUUUUGA